AUGAACCGCACUCAACAAAACGACCCCCCCUCCUUCGGCGGACAGAACCAGGGCGCUGAGCCGUGGAACGACUCCAACGACUUCAGCGGUUUACAGGACCAGACCGGCGGCAUCCCGCGCGGUCAAAACCAGGUCAGGCAAGGAGACUUCCCUGGGGGCGACUCCGGCAACUUCGACCGCACCCGCAUGGCAACCGACGGGACCGCCUCGACUGCCAGAGGCCCCGGCGGCGUCUUCGCCUCCCACGGCGGUCAGCUCGGUACCGAUACCAGCGCGCAGGGCGGCGACUUCAACGCUGGCCCGACCAUGGGCAACGAGCGGCGCGCGGCGGCCGGGCGCGACGACAACUUCGGCUCGAACGCGCCCAACUUCCGUGGCGGACCCGGGCCCGCCCUCCCUGGGGGCGGCGCGGGCGCCCAGCCCGACAAUGAGGACGACGAGAUGGACAGCGCAGGUGCGCAUGCCAGCUCGACGGGCAACCCCGGAAUGGGGAACAAGUUCUUAGGGAGCAUCGAGAAGGCCGCGGGGCGCGUCACGGGGAGCACGAAUGUCGCCGAGCGCGGGCAGAUGCGCAAGACUGGCGGUGGCCCUCAGGCACAUGAUACAUUGCUGUGA